AAGCGAAGGUCGCGGACAAAUUUCAAAUUGCUUGGUUGAAUAACCGACGCGACAGCGGGAUUUUACCUGGAAAAGAACUACUGUAGCAUGAUAGUCGAGAGGAUAUGAACAAGCGUACCUAUUACGUGGCUCGUUGUCUAUCAUGUUCCAUGCACUAACGGGCCCUCCGCCCAGCAAAAUCCGGGACAUCUUUGGGCCAUCUUUGAUGUUCACGUAUGCAAUAUUCGUGAUUUUAUGCCGCUUGUCUCGUACUACCGGAUCCUCCGCGUGGACUAUAUAAAUGCCAGGAUUUUUUUUCGUGGUCCUUACUCUCACCCUUCCCCCUAAUGCCUUCCGAACCACUAGAGGCGGAAUUCAUUUCCCCCCCUGCGCUCACACAAGCUCAGGAAGAAGAGUUUCGUCAACUGGAUCUAGAGGGCCCUAUUCCUCUUACUAGGACAGCGACAGCUGUCAGUGGACCCGCACCAGACCUCGGCGAGUUAGAAAGAGGAUUCACUCGCAAUGGUAUCCACGUUGUGGUAUUCGAGAAGGGAAAGGGGGAAGAUCCGCGAGAGUUUGGACGAGCAAUGAAGUGGUACAUAACUCUUGCAGUUUCCUUUCUGUGCUUGUCUGUUGCCAUCGGUAGUUCCAUAAUUACUGGAGAUAUGAAGGGCCCUGUAGAGGAAUUCGGCACUACACAAGAGAUUGUCAACCUCACAGUAGCAUGUUUCGUUAUCGGCUUUGGCAUCGGACCACUGUUCUUUGCCCCAUUAUCAGAAGUCGUUGGCAGAACACUGAUGUACCAAGUCAGUAUGCUUUUCUUCUUCAUCUUCACGUUGCCCAGCGCUCUCUCGAAAAAUGCGGCCACGUUGGUUGUUGCCCGCCAGAUUGCCGGAUUGGCGGCUUCUGCGCCCAUAUGUAAUGUGGGCGGAACUGUCGCCGAUAUCUGGGCCGUCGAGGAGCGGGGGAUCCCUAUGGCGGUGUUCUCGUUCACUCUAUUUAUGGGUCCUUGCCUUGGACCGCUCUUUGGAGGGUGGAUUGCCGAGAAAGCUGGCUGGAGAUGGAUGUACUGGGUUCUUUUCAUCUUCACUGGCGUAUGUUUCGCUUUCACGUUGUUCAUUCCCGAAACGCUGGCGUCUCUUCUUCUCCGUCGUAAAGCUGCGAAGCUACGGAAGUCUACAGGAGACGAGAGCUACCGUACACUCGAGGAGCUUGAACGUGUCCCCUUUUUUGAGACCUUGAAGAUCUCCUUGCUUAGGCCCAUUGUAAUGCUGGUAGCCGAACCUAUCGUGGCCUUGUUUUCUUUAUACCUUUCGUUCAUUUACAGUCUCCUGUAUCUCUUCUUCUUCGCAUUCCCAAUUGCUUUUGAGGAGGUGCGAGGUUUCGGUAUGGGUAUGACGGGAGUUACAUUCGUUAGCAUCAUGAUUGGUAUUGGGCUUGCUAUGAUGCUUGUACCCUACCAAGAGAAGAUUUAUCGCAAAGCUACGGUCUAUGGCACAUAUCCUGAAGCCAGACUUUUCCCCAUGAUGGCGGGAGCAAUCAUACUACCUAUCGGGCUCUUCAUCUUCGCCUUCACUGGCGGAUACUCUUGGGUACACUGGAUAGGUCCUUGUAUAUCAGGAGGCGUUUUUGGAUUCGCGUUGAUUAUCAUUUACAUCUCCGCCAACUCUUACAUUGUAGACAGCUACAGUUCGUUCGCAGCCUCGGCUAUUGCUGCGAAAACGUUCUUGCGUUCGGAGAUUGGCGCGGCGGUACCGCUAUAUUCCACGCAGAUGUUUCAUAAUAUGGGGUUUCAGUAUGCAGGACUGUUGCUGGCCCUGGUGUCGGUUGCGAUAGCGCCGAUUCCAUUUGUGUUUUAUGUUUAUGGUGAGAAAAUCAGGCAGAGGUCGAAGAAGGCCACACAGUCUGUGAAGAUGUCCGGUCCGGCUGCGAAGAAUUUAGACGAUGACUUAGAGAAGCCUGCACAGGAUGGGAAGGCCGUAUAGAUAAUUAGAAUAACUGAUAGAAAUGGACUGUAAAAUAGAUAUUAUUGGUACGGUAUUACGUAAUGAAAUAAUGGGC